CUGGAGCACUUGAAGACGCCCGACAAUGACCACGACCGCAAGGGGCCGCCCAGGGAUGACCCCACCAAGGCGAAGACGAAAAAAGUGUCCCGCUCCGACAGCUUCCCCGAGGCGGAGAAGGAGGCCAUCCUGCAAAGGGUCGAGCAGGGCAGAGCCGUGGCGGCGCUGGUGCCCAACGGCACCAGGCUCUACUGCUUCCGGGGGCCCGAGGGCAUGGCAGCCCACGCGGUGGGCCAGAUCUACUGGCAGCCCUGGGACAGCGUCGCGCAGAAGACGAAGCACGAGUUGGAGGACGGGAAGAAGUACUACAGCGACUUCGACUGCAGGGAGGAGGGCGACGGGGACCUCGCCUGCACCCGCGGGAAUUGGGGCAAGCAGCCGCGUACCUUUCAGCGCUUCUUCAAGCGGGUGUCCUACCACCUCUUCUUCUCCACGCACAAGGCCUCCGUGAAGUCCAAGGAGCAGGCCCUGAACGAGCACUGGCUCCUCAGCGAAAUGUACCGGCGCAGCUUCGCCCAGGCGGCUGCGGUGCCGCGGCAGGCGGUGGGCGCGGGUGCCCCGCGCCGGUGCUGGUGGCUGGUCGUGCUGGUGGUCUUGCUGGUGGUCGUGCUGGUGGUCGUGCUGGUGCUUGUGCUGGUGGUCGUGCUGGCGGUCGUGUUGGUGGCCGUUCUGGUGGAGGUGCUGGUGGUCGUGCUGGUGAUCGUGCUGGUGAUCCUGGUGAACGUUUACGUGAUGCUGGAGGUCGAGGUUCCAGUCGGGGUCUUGCAGGAGCUCCUUCAGGGCCUCAUCAGGUUGGAGAUCAUGAACGUCGCGUUGCCCCAGUUGGUGGGGAGCUGGAUCUUGUCCAUGUGCCCAGCCACCUUGACGUGGGCCUCGACGGAGUGCCUGACCACCGUAGACGGGCUUGCUACGACAUGCCACGCGAGGCACCCGCAGGGCAGCCGCGGAGCGAUGGCCCCAAUGCUCUCGAAGCCGCCGCGGCCGCCUCCGGGCACCCCGCGCGAGGCAGCGGAGCUGGCCGCCCGCAAGGCGCGCCCCGUGCUGGACACGUUCCUCAAGGUCCUUCAGACCACCAUACAAAGCAGCGCCGCGACGGUAGACGAAGCUGCGCGGCUCUUCCAGGGCCUGGGCCCGCUCGUGGACGGUUGCGUCAAGGGGUCCGUGCGGCUCCUGGAGGCGGUGUGCUGCUUCGACUUCCGCAGGUACGUGCGCGGGCCCGCACGGCCCAGGCUGCUGGACUCACUCGCGCCCCUCCUUGUCCUGAUGCUGAUCUCGGUGCUUUACAACGCCUUCGUGUUCUCGUACAUGCCAGCGGCCGGGAUCGCGUUCUCGAGCCCAACGAGCAUGGUGUUCCAUGCGUUCAUUUUCCUGGCGCUGUCCAGCUACGUGCAGGCGGCGCGGACGGACCCCGGAGGCGUUCCCGUGACGAAGGAGUGGCGAUCUUACGGCCAGCCUCCGCCGCACGUGCGCGAGCGGAAGCGCGGGACAGACCAGGCACGUUGGUGCCAGAAGUCGGAAGUUUACAAGCCCGACAGGGCUCACUACAGUACGGCCAUGCAGCGUGUUGUUCUCAAGUAUGACCACCAUUGCCCAUGGCUGGGGACGUCGAUCGGCUUCCAGAACUACAAGUUCUUCUUCCUGUUCAUGCUCUAUGCGUCGGGCGCGUGUGCAACCUUCAAUGUGAACAUCAUCCAGCUGCUCGUCCACGCGACCCUGCCUGCCCUGGACACGUUUGUGCUGCUCGGCGCAGAGAGCUUGACACUCGUCCUCACCUCGAUCCUCGUGCCAUUCACCCUGUUCCACGCGUGGCUCAUAUCUCACAACAUGACAACCUGCGAGUUCUACGAAGAGCGGGACGCCAACACAGAGGAGGGCUCGAGCGAAACGGUGUUUGGCGAGUUCGUUGACCUCUUUCGUUUUGAUCUCGUUUUGCAGCAAAGGCGGAAUGAGGUCAGAACGAGGGAGAACGAACACAAGACGAAGACGACCGAACACGGCUUAGCUCGAGCCCUGAAACGGAGGAGCCAUACCCGUACGACCGGGGGCUCUUCAGCAACGUCUGCUCCUCCUUGGGCGCCAACCCGCUGCUGUGGCCAUUCCCUGUCGUGGGGCCGCCGGGCGACGGCCUGUCCUUCCAGAGGGCCUCCGACUGGGUCGUCCAUGGCCCGCCCAGCCACGACGGCCCGGAGAGCGAAAGAUCCCUGA